AUGGCCAAAGUGUUGAUGUUAAUCAAGCUUCAAGACAGUAGUGCAUAUUCCAUAGGGUGGGAGAACCUUGGUUGGUUCAAUGUCUAUGUCAGGUUUGGAUUGCUCCUCUGGUCAGGUUCAAGAUUAUUUGGUUUUAUUGGUGCUGGUGCCACAGUUGGACAGCUUUUUGGGUCAUUGUUUGCGAUGCAAAAGAUGAAUAGCAGAGUGCCUGCUCAUUUAACCAGCCAGUGUUUGAAAACGAAAGAAGCACAACUUUUAUUCCCACAGAUAGUCUUAGCUAUAGGUUACAUAAAUUAA